AUGGUGCAACGCCACUCGCCGUCGGACUGCCUGCGGCCGCCGCUCUCGGACGCGCUGCCGACGCGCUGCCAGCAGCUCAAAAAGGGCUACGGCGAGUGCAAGCGCGGCAUGGUCGACAUGCGCAAGCGCUUCCGCGGCAACAAGCCCGUCGGCGUCAUGUCCAGCGCCGAGCUCGACCUGCCCGACACCGGCUCCGGCGGCAAGGCGGGCGGCGAGAAGAAGGGCGGCCAGCUCUACGCCGGCAAGCCGCUGUACGACGUCUUGAAGGGCACGGACGGGGACGAGGAUAGGAAGGGUGGCGGCGACGAGAAAUAA